CCUUCGGUCCCAAGUCCCAAUGGAGCUACCACCAUGGACGCCCUUCCUCGCGGUCGUGCUGGCAUCUGUGCUCGUACUCGGAACCAUUCUCCGUCGUGGCCGCCGCGCAUACAGGCUCCCGCCAGGACCUAAGCCAUGGCCGAUCAUCGGCAACCUCAACCUCAUGGGCGCGCUUCCGCACCGCUCCAUCCACACACUCUCCAAGAGGUACGGCCCUCUCAUGUACCUCCGAUUCGGUUCGUUCCCUGUCGUCGUUGGAUCGUCGUUAGAGAUGGCCAAGUUCUUCCUAAAGACCCAUGACUCCGUCUUCAUCGACCGGCCCAAGACAGCCGCCGGCAAGUACACUACAUACAACUACAGCGACAUCACCUGGUCCCCCUAUGGCGCCUACUGGCGCCAGGCGCGCAAGUUGUGCCUCACCGAGCUCUUCAGCGCCAAGCGGCUCGAGUCAUAUGAGUACAUCCGCAGAGAGGAGAUGCGCGCGUUCCUGCACGAACUGCACAAGGCCUCCGGGCGCGUCCUGGUCCUCAAGGACUACUUGUCGCGAAUCUGCAUAGGUGUGAUCACGCGCAUGGUUAUGGGCAAGAAGUACGUACACAAGGAGGCUAUGGAGGACGGGACGACCCUGGAGGAGUUCAAGUGGAUGGUUGGCGAGUGGUUCGUGCUCAACGGCGUGCUGAACAUCGGCGAUUCCAUCCCGUGGCUUGACUGGAUGGACCUGCAGGGGUACAUCAAGAGGAUGAAGAAGCUGAGCAAGAUGUUCGAUCGGUUCCUCGAACACGUCGUGGAAGAGCACGACCGGCGACGAUGCCUCGAGGGAGAGAGCUUCGUUGCUAAGGACAUGGUUGACGUGCUACUGGAGAUAGCGGGUGACCCCAAUCUCGAGGUACAGAUUGACCGGGACGGAAUCAAGGCUUUCAUUCAGGACCUCAUUGCCGGCGGCACCGAGAGUUCAGCCAUGACAGUUGAGUGGGCAAUGUCGGAGAUCCUCAAGAAGCCCAAGGUGUUCGCCAAGGCCACGGAGGAGCUGGACCACGUGGUGGGGCGAAACCGUUGGGUUACCGAGGAGGAUAUUCUGAGUCUCCCCUAUGUGGAUGCCAUUGUCAAAGAGACUAUGCGGUUGCACCCAGUGGCGCCGAUGUUGGCACCCCGCCUGUCCCGCAAGGACGUGUCUGUUGAUGGCUACGACAUCCCCGUUGGCACGCGCGUGCUUGUUUGCGUGUGGUCUAUCGCGCGUGAUCCGGUGUUGUGGGAUUCGCCAGAGGAGUUUAUGCCAGAUAGGUUCCUCGGCAGCAAGAUCGACGUCAAAGGGCAGGAUUUCGAGUUGCUGCCGUUUGGGUCCGGCAGGCGGAUGUGCCCUGGGUACAACCUCGGACUGAAGGUGAUUCAGGUCAGCCUCGCUAACCUGCUGCACGGCUUUGCCUGGAGGCUCCCAGAUGGCAUUGCAAUGGAGGAGCUCAGCAUGGAGGAGAUAUUUGGGAUGUCCACGCCGCGCAAGUUCCCGGUGGAAGCCGUCGUGGAUCCCAAGCUCGCGGCUCACCUAUACACUGAGGCUUGAUAUGUGCACACACCUGUGAUCAUCCGUCUGUUCGAGUGAUUCUACUGUUUGCGCUGCUGUACUUUUACUGUAUUUUAUUAUACUCGUGCAUUAUCUAUGGCUUAAGUCAAGUAGAACAAUGGAGCUAAAAAUAAAUCGAUUCGACUAAAAUAUCU